CGCGGAGGUGAUUCCACUGUGAGGAGAGAGUGGCGGCAGCGGCACGGCUCCCCAGCUCUAGUCUAAAUCGCAGAGGGAGGAGGAGGCGGCGGCGGCGGAGGAGGUGGCGGCGGCGGCGGCGGCGGCGGUCGUGGCGGUGGCGGAGGCGGGGGGUGUGAAACGGCUGCGGGAGGAGACAUGGCCAACAUUGCGGUGCAGCGAAUCAAGCGAGAGUUCAAGGAGGUGCUGAAGAGCGAGGAGACGAGCAAAAAUCAAAUUAAAGUAGAUCUUGUAGAUGAAAACUUUACAGAAUUAAGAGGAGAAAUAGCGGGACCGCCAGACACACCAUAUGAAGGAGGAAGAUACCAACUAGAGAUAAAAAUACCAGAAACAUAUCCAUUUAAUCCCCCUAAGGUGCGGUUUAUUACUAAAAUUUGGCAUCCUAAUAUUAGUUCUGUCACUGGGGCCAUUUGUUUGGAUAUCCUGAAAGAUCAAUGGGCAGCAGCAAUGACUCUGAGGACAGUAUUGCUCUCAUUACAAGCAUUAUUGGCAGCUGCAGAACCAGAUGAUCCACAAGAUGCAGUAGUAGCAAAUCAGUACAAACAAAAUCCGGAAAUGUUCAAACAGACAGCUCGACUUUGGGCACAUGUGUAUGCUGGAGCACCAGUUUCUAGUCCAGAAUACACCAAAAAAAUAGAAAACCUAUGUGCUAUGGGCUUUGAUAGGAAUGCAGUAAUAGUGGCCUUGUCUUCAAAAUCAUGGGAUGUAGAGACUGCAACAGAAUUGCUUCUGAGUAACUGAGGCAUAGAGAGAAAGCUGCUGCUGUAGUCCAGUCCAGUUUGCCCCCUUCUUGAGGAGCAUCACCAUCUGUUGUUAUUUUUAGAAUUCUGCAUAGAUUCUUUUAAAACUGGCAUUCUUGCCUAAUUAUUAUCUAGGCAUGAUUGAAGACUGAAAAAAAAAACCCUGCUCUGUAAAUAAAGCUAAUUAAACGUCUGUGUAAAUU